UUUUCAUAAAAACAUGAUUGUCCUUUAACAAGCCACGACGGUGUUAUCUGAGGCCACGACCACCUCGUUGGUUAGAGAGUAAUGUGUAAUGCGCAUAAAGUUCAAGAGGAAAAUGUGAUGUUUCAGUGACAUUGAAAUAAUUUAAGAAUUGUAUGAUUGUUCCUGAUCAAUGGGACAAUACUUCGCAUAACUCAUGGAUAUGGAUGUGAGGUAGCUUUUCCUGCUGUCCAUGGCUUCUCCACAAGGCAAGAGCAGCCGAGAACCAACCCGAACACUGCCGGAACGCGUGGGUCAGUUGUAUUAUGCUCACGGGCUUUUCUGUUCCAGCCAUCCUGUUCCUGUUAUCAGUUUUGCUAUUGCCACAGUUCUGCUGUGCUGUUACCCACUUCUGAACCUGCCUUUGCCAGGUAAUGUCCCACAGCAGCUGCUGGGAAACUUCUCACUGCUAAGAGACAACAACUCAGAACUUGGAGAUGCACAGCUGCCACGAUGGUUUACUGGCCCACCCAUGUGUUCUGUGCAGCAGAUUGUGAUGAGGACUACAGUGUCCCCUUGGACUGAAGACCUGGUUCUGACGGAUGCAUUUCGUGCUCCAUUAGCAGAAGUGUUCAGACUGCUUGAAGUGAUACGCAACUACCAGCUGGAGAACAGUUCGACAUCUCUGAACCAUAUGUGCCUACACAUUGAGUCAGCGAAGGUGAAAUCUGACAAGAAGAUGGCCUUGCCUGAGUAUAACUGCCUUGCCCUGUCACCUGCCAACCUCUGGCAACAGAACCGUGAGAAGUUUCAGGAGGACUCAAACCUACUGGGAACCAUCUUCACCUACCAGAACCUGCAGAAAGGAAAGAUUAGCCUGGCCGAGAUCCUGUUUGGGAUGCACAUGAAGGACACUGGGAUCAAGCGAUAUCCUCUGCGGACUCGACAGCGGGUGCUGCAGUAUGCUAUUACUCUUGUGCUCCAGAAGUACGACCCCAGGUUUGUUGAUGGACUGAGGCAGAAGUUGGUUGACAUGUAUCCACUGCACCAGCCUCACAACUCCCAUCAGCUGAAUAGUGGCGAAGGCACUUCAGUUGUGACACAGUUGCCACAGAAAAUACUGCACAUUUACUUUCCUGGCCAGUUCAACCUGCGCGAAUUUGUUCCCUUGACUGUCACUUACUUCAUUCUGUUCCUGUACAUGUACUUUUCUGUGCGCAAGAUUGAGCUCGUGAAGUCUAAAGUGGGCAUGGCGUUCAGUGCAGUGGUAACAGUACUGGCAUCCCUGUCCAUGUCUGUCGGCCUCUGCUUCUUCUUUGGCUUGACUCUCACACUGACAGGAAAGGAGAUCUUUCCAUACCUUGUUGUAAUCGUCGGACUCGAGAACGUUCUGGUCCUGACCAAGUCGGUGGUGUCGACUCCUACGCACCUGGACGUGAAGAUUCGAGUGGCAAAAGGCUUGAGUCGUGAAGGUUGGAGCAUAACCAAGAACCUCCUUAUUGAGGUUACCAUCCUCACAGUGGGGUUUUUCACAUUUGUACCAGCCAUUCAGGAAUUCUGCAUCUUUGCUGUUGUUGGACUCUUAUCGGAUUACUUCCUGCAGAUGUUAUUUUUCUCCACUGUUCUUGCUAUUGAUAUUAGACGGAUGGAAUUGUCUUCAGAAUCACAGCAUCAGCGAAUCCAGUAUGGCCCCUCGCAGGUUUCUACGUCUAGCCGGACUCCGUUACAUCAGUUCCGUUCUCCUGUUCCAGUUAGUCCUGCGGGACUGCACAAACCACAUGCUUAUAACAUAGUGAGGUCAAAGUCACAUCCUAGACUCAAUGGACUGAGCUCUUCAAGCUACCCUACAGAUGUUGUUGCACCACCAAAUUCGCCUCCUGCCGUGGCAAAAGUUCCAAAACGUCUGCGGUUGGUUCAUUUCUGGGCCAGUACAAGGAUAUUUCAGCGAGCAUUUAUGGUGUGCAUGAUUGUGUGGAUUGCUGUCAUUAUGUACAGUUCAGGUGUUUUAGUACAUGUGCUGAAGAUGACGAUAGAGGAAAGCAACCUGUCGGGCAUCUCGGAGAGGGAUGAACUGAUUGGCUCAGAGCUGGGUGAACACCCAGAAGCUGUGGGGCAUUAUUAUGAAGUGCCCGCUGGAGCUCACCCAGAAUUUGGCAGUGUGGAUCUGAAGAUUUUACAUUCAAUGGCAACGGAAGAAACCAAGAUAGUCGCGCCGACUUCGGCAGCUGAGCCAAAGAAGGGUAGAGGAGUUGCUGACAGGCCUGAGGCCACAGAGGAGAACGAUGCCAUAGCGAGAUUAAAACACAUGGGCUGUGACCCGUGGAGGAGGCUGUCACACUAUCAUUGGCCUGCCAUACUGUCUCUGUACAACAUCUCGCUAUCAGGUCACUACAUUAGCAUCCUGCCACCUAUUCGCCUGUCCCAUGCUGUGUCCUCGGAACAGGCCCGUGCUCUGCGCAACCCUAAUGAGAAGGCAGUGCAGCACUUCCAGUGGCAUGCCCUUGCUGCCGCCCUGGACCCUCUGGACUUCUCUGAUGGAGGCGAGACUGGGAAUGGCCCACGAGUCAGCAUCACAUCUGUUGGUGGCAGUGUCCCCAGUGGGGAAGUGCCUUUUGUGCCGUCAUCACCGAUGGAACUGUUCCUGACUGCAGUGUUAUGCAUAAUUAGCAUUGUAGUCUUGGCAUACACGAUGGUGAUGCUGUACCGGUGCGUUUGCUCCCGUAAUUAUGCAGAGUGGCGGGCCAGCUGGGCAGGUGAUGGCGAGAGCGUUACUUCAGAUGGCACCACACAGGUCGUGAUGGAGGCCGUUCCUCUUGUCCUGGACGGUCAUCCCCAAGAGGUAGAGUGCCUUGCAACAGAUGGCAGCAUGGUAGUGAGUUCUUGUCUCGGAGGGCAGCUGCGUGUGUGGGACUCAAUUUCUGGAGAAGCUCUCGCUGUGGUGGACAGGAGAAUUUACUUCUUGGCUAUGCAGAGGGAUCCGGACACUGCUGACCUUGAAGAACCACCUCUGUCUGAUUAUGAGUCAGGUUCUCCCCCUUCCCGUGGGGAGAGAACAGGUAUGGGGGAUGACUCCUCCCCUCUCUUGUCUCAUCACAAGAAACAUUCUGUGCUCUGGAAUCUCCCAGACCUCCGUCCUGUAAUCAACAUAAACUUCACUGGAAACAAAGUGGGUGACUGUGAUGCAUCAAACCAAGUCAGAGAUGUCUGUACAAGUGGGUUUGACUUUACCUCAAGGUUUCAGAAUUUGUACGAGGAGCACAGGAAGUCCCUAGAGUCUGACGUGAAUGAGGACGGCAGCUGGUCUUCUCCGUCAGUGAAAGAAGCACAUCCAAACAAACCCGCAGUCCACCUACAGAAUAUUGUAUCCUCACCAUCAAAACGAACUCUGGAAACUAUGGUCUCCAAGAGUUGCCAGUGUCAGGAUCCUGGAGACAUUUGUGGCAUAAUUCAACAUCAGAAGUUUCAGGGUGGAGCGAGCCUUUGUGAUGCAGAGCGUUAUAAAAGAGAUGUAUCAGGCUCGAAGUGUUGUGACAAGGUUGCGCCGCAGGCACUAGAAAGUGUUUCGUCUGAUUGUAGUUCUUUUAGUCCAGACAGUUAUCACAGGAGACAGACAGAUACUGAUUUCUAUGAGGUUCUUUGUGGUGUUGAUAGCGCUAAUUUGACUGCUGACCACUCGUCGCCCGUGAAUACAGGCAGCACGUCAUCACGGGCAGCUAAAGCAGAAAGGAGACAGCCUCGUGCACUGUGCCACGUGAGAGAGAGCUUGACUGUUGGCUGUUGUGCACAGCAGACUCCACCCAUUUGGUGUCUCGACUGUCACGAGAAUCUCAUAGCAGUAGGCUGUGCCAGUGGCAGGCUAGAAUUCUGGGAAGGGUCCACAGGGACAUUCAAGUGCCUGUUUGAAGAUGGGAGUGGCGUUGGAAUAACAUCUGUGAAGAUAAUAGGUAAUCGGGUGGUGGCCGCAAAAUUGAGCGGCGUGGUCGACUUUCUGGAACUGGAGAGUUACAGCUAUGGACGUCAGAUGGACUGGGGUUUCACUGCAUACAGAAGGACUCAUGUGCGGAGUGGGAGCACUGGAUCAAUUAUGGACUGGAAUACCAUCAGGGACCGUAAAGGCAGUGACGAAGAUCUGCGUUGCAUUCAGUUGAAGACGGUCAGAGCCCACCAACAGCCAAUCACGGUGUUGGACUCAGAAGGAGGGCGAGUCCUCACUGGCAGCAAAGAUCACACACUUAAGGUGUUUCGCUUGGAAGAUCAGCUACCGCUGUAUACACUGCAUGGCCACAGUGGCCCUGUUACAUGCCUCUUCAUGGAUCGCAUCUCACCCAUGAUGUCUGGUAGUGGCAGUCAGGAUGGUCUCCUCUGUGUCUGGGAUCUGCUUACAGGAGCGUGUAUGUACAGCCUGCAGGCUCAUGAUGGCAGUGUGAUGGCUCUUACAUAUUCUGCCAGUUACGUAAUCAGUCUGGGUACAGAUGAUCGUCUCUGUGUGUGGGAACGCUUCCAGGGACAUUUGCUGAACACAAUUCAAGUGUCCCACACGUACUGCACGAGUAUGGUGAUGUUAACACACAACCUGCUUAUAACCAGCAAACAGGGUUCAUUGGUUGUAUGGGAUGUGAGGACAGGAGAUGCUGUGCGUGUUGUCAAGCUUGGUGACAGUGAUGGGAGUGUGUUUGUGAAGCAGAUUCUGCUGUUGCGUGACAGUGUCGCCUGUGACUACAGCAACCAACUACGCAUCGUCCACUUCCCCCUUGUUCUGACUGAUAAAUGUGAAUGAACCUCUGGGAUGUUAAGAUGCAUCAUUGAAGCGAGUCACCGCCAUGAGUCGCAUAAAAAGUCGAUGUUUUUUGGUUCUGCAUCAGUGAUGUACAAACCACGGCAUGGUCUGCACGUUUCAAGAACCUGUAAUAUAAGAGGCCAGUGAGUUUUGCUCAUCCCCGUUAAGAAGAAGCCAAUGGUGUGCUGUCUCAAACAGACGAAAUGUUUGUGUACUUGAACUUUACCUGUAUGACAAUGAGAAACUAGCAGUCUCCAUCUGAAGGUGUCUGAAUACCAUGCCUUGAAAUCUGCAUGCAUUUGUUUUCUCUGUUGUAUAUGAAACUGUUUGGUCAGCUACAUUCCUGAUCACAGAGCCCCACAGUAACCAGUGGAUGUGAUGAGGAUACUCGCCUCAAGAUGCACACUAUUAAUUUCUCUGAAAUGUUUAGUCAGCUCUCUGCAACCCAUUGUUGUCUAGAAAGUUGAAUAAAUUAAAAUAGUUGCCAAUGUUA